AUCGAUAACUGCGAUUCCUGCGACAGGUGACAAUCACAUACACGCCGCACACACACACGACAAACGAGUAUGGGCGAACAACAAGACCCCUCCCCAAACGGGAUUUAUUCUAAACCUGUCUCCCUUAAUAUUGAAUUCUCAGGUGGUCUUGAGAUGCUAUUCUCUAAUCAGCGGUCCCACCAUAUACAAAUGCCGGCAAAAGGCCCCUCUAAACAACCGGUGAACAUAGGGUUUUUGGUACGCCACCUGUGCGAGAAUCUAAUGAAGGACAAAAGAAAGGAUCUCUUCGUUUUAGAAGAUAGGAUACGCCCUGGUAUAUUGGUCCUGAUCAAUGAUGCCGACUGGGAACUGGAAGGGGAGGAGGAGUAUCUAAUCCAGGAUGGCGACACAAUACUCUUUGUUUCUACACUGCAUGGAGGUUGAAUUGGAGUCAAGUCUAGGCUAAUACCAAGCAACAACGUUUUGUAUCUGAGGCUGGGAUAAACUGAAUACUUUCCUAAUUUGCAA